AGUCUUCAUUUCAAGGUAACCUAAAAGCAAGUUGGAAUUUUCAAUUCCGGCAAAACAGGCAGUGCUAACUCGAAUGUUGUGACGUCGUUUACAACAUGGAAAAGGCGAUCCCGUUAUGGAUCUCAUUGAUGUUUGGAACAAUGGUCGCGCGUGCAGAAGGAUCAACGCGGCAACAAAACUUCAACACAAUGGAACGAUGUGCAGCACAAUUCGAUAACUUGAGUGAAAACCGUCGGCGUAACGUCGCCGUCCAACUUGAAGAUAUAUACAACGUGUUAACGGACCUAGUGAACAACGCAGAUGAAGAGAUAGCUCAAUACAAUGCAAUAGAUGAACAAUGGAUUUCACUUGCGCCGUGGAAUGUAUUACAAAUUACACCGGAUGAUACCUCGGACGUCUUUAAUGUGACGUCACAGCUGCGUAACGUAAGCACAGUACUGACCCGUCUCCGGUCUCGUGAACAGAGUGACUCGUGUGUCAGUUCCGUGAGAAUGAAUCGUGAAGAACGCCGCACGCUUACGAGGCGAUGGCUUUUGAGAUGGAAACCGAGACGUUCACAACGUCGAUUUGACGGUACACAUGCACGACAGGUGCAGUACUUAAACCUGUGUGCGACGGAACUUUGUCACAUCAAUGGCUUUGCCGUCUUACCUAAUGGACAUCUGGUUGCUUCAGAUUCAGAUAAUUACGACAUAUACAUCUACAAACCAGGCCAAGACUAUCCGAUGAAAACCAUCAACCUCGCCCCACUUUAUCUAGGUGAGGUCAUCUACUCACACGACUGGAUCGUGCGCAUCCACGUGCGGCUUAUAAAUCAGCAGAUGGCGUGGCUAGUGCUGAAUCUACUCGAUUCGACAAGCUAUUUGGAAGAAAGCAUUGAUCAAAGUUCACUAAGAUGGGAUGUUAACGAAAUGUGUAUUACCACUGAUGCUGAAACGGAACCGGAAACCCGUAUUGAGCCAUGCGCAGACCCAGGGUACCUUGCAGUGAGGACAACGGAUGAGUUUGGGUUUACCUAUGGCGCUUCGCAUACCGAGUUUUUAGAUGCCAUCGCUCCGAACUGUACCCGAUAUCCGUCCAUUACGAGGGGGAGAUACGACUACAUUGUCCGUCAUAUUGUCAGAUUCGACAGGAAUAUGUUGUAUGUCCGAACCGAUUCUCGUGGAUCUCGGAAGUCCUCCGUCAAUAACUUACACAUAUUUGAAAUGUUCAAUCUCAUUGACAGUGUCACUUAGACCAAAACAUAUUAAAGUCGUUGACAGAACGUUACAGGGAUCUGAAUCACUUCCUUGUGGCUCACAGGUUGUACAUGUAUGUACAAUUUUGAAAAUUUAUAUUUAUUCAAAGGUAUAUAUAAUCUGAGGAACAGACAGAUGAAUCCAAUUUCAGUUGAAUUACAUUUGCAAAUAAGAAUGGUAUUACAUAAACUGCAGUAUUAUCAAAACUCUUGAUUAAUUUGUUUCAAUAUUUUUUUCGGGAAAUAAUAAAAGAUUAGACAAUCCCUCCUGAGGUA